AUGGGUGCCACAGAACCUGUGGUAGAGAGAGAAAAUGGUGAAGCAGUGAGGGAAGAGAGAGAAAAUGAGAGUAAUCGAGAGGCAGAAGUAGAUUUCAGGGAUGUGGAGAGAGGUCCGGAGGUGGGUGCUCAAGAACAUGGUGUCCAGACCCACUCUCCUGGUGAAUUUCAUAUGUCAAGGCUUUCCUUUGGGAAUUCAAAGCCGGCUUCAAGGAGGAGAAACUCAGAGGAAAGAGAAGAGGGUACUAGAGUAUUUUCUGCCUCAGGAGCCGUCUUUAUCGUCUUUGCAAUUGGUAAUGGUUUAUAUGCUUGUUGGGUUACACAGAGAACUGGGUUUGGUUCUAAGAUCUUCAUCAAAUCACUUGAACCAGUAUCUAAAUUCCCUGAUUUGAAUCGACCAACGUAUUGGAUGCUUGGGGCCGGGUUCUUGUGGAUGUCACUGUGGAUUUUAGCUGUAAUUGGGGCAUUAUAUUUCUACUUCCCACAAUGGAUUUGA